UGGGCGGCGGGGACUGGGAGGACUCCGAGCCGCGGAGGGCGCGACUUCUGGGCUGGAGCUGGGGGCGGCGGGAGUCCCGGCGGGGGCCCGGCCCGAGGCGGCGGUUCCGCGACCCUGCGAGAUGGAGGGGGCAGAAGGCCAUGGCGAGCAGCCCGGCCCCACCGAGCGGUCCCACCGAAGCAGCGUGUCCUCCGUGGGAGCCCGAGCCGCUGACGUGCUGGUGUAUCUGGCCGAUGACACCGUGGUGCCCCUGGCUGCGGAGAACCUGCCCGCGCUCAGCGCCCACGAGCUGCACCGCGCGGUCCGAGAGGUGCUGCAGCUCCCCGACAGCGCCCUGGAGGCCUUCGCGCUCUGGCUCGUCUCCCCUCUGCUGGAGGUGCAGCUGAAGCCCAGGCACCAGCCGUACAAGCUGGGCCGCCAGUGGCCGGAGCUGCUGCUGCGCUUCACCGACGCCCCAGACGACGAGGUGGCCAUGGAUGAGCCAUCCCUGCAGUUCCGGAGGAAUGUGUUCUUCCCCAAGCGGCGGGAGCUCCAGAUCCAGGACGAGGAGGUCCUGCGGCUGCUCUACGAGGAGGCCAAGGCCAACGUCCUGACCGCCCGGUACCCGUGCGACGUGGAGGACUGCGAAGCCCUCGGGGCCCUGGUGUGCCGGCUGCAGCUCGGGCCCUACCAGCCUGGCCAGCCUACGGCCUGCACCCUGAGGGAGAAGCUGGACUCCUUCCUCCCGGCCCACCUCUGCAAGCGGGGCCGAGGCCUCUUCUCUGCCCUCCGGGGCCGGGAGGCCAAGGCCGGGCUGGGCGAGCAGGGCCUGCUGAACGCCUACCGCCAGGUGAAGGAAGCCGACGGCGGCAGCGGCGAGCGCGAGGCCUCCCUGGGCCCCCUCUACCGCGCCUACCUCCUCAAGUGCCACGAGCUGCCCUUCUACGGGUGUGCCUUCUUCCAUGGUGAGAUCGACAAGCCAGCCCAGGGCUUUCUGCACCGAGGAGGACGCAAGCCGGUGACAGUGGCCAUCAGUCUGGAGGGGGUGCACGUCAUCGACAGCAGGGAGAAGCAUGUCCUGCUGGGCCUGCGCUUCCAGGAGCUGUCGUGGGACCACACCUCCCCCGAGGAGGAAGAGCCCGUCCUGUGGCUGGAGUUUGAUGGCGACAGCGAGGGCAUGCCUGUCAACAAGCUGCUCAGGAUCUACUCCAAGCAGGCCGAGCUGAUGAGCGGCCUCAUCGAGUACUGCAUCGAGCUGAGCCAGGCCGCCGAGCCCCCCGCGCCCCCGGACAGCGCGGCGGCGCCCCCCGCGGCCUCGGGCCCCUCCCCGCCUCCCCCCCAGCGGCCCCAGCUGCGGCGGCAGGGCAGCGUGGUGUGCAGCCGCCUCCAGCACCUCUCCACCAUUGACUACGUGGAAGAGGGCAAGGGGAUUAAGCGGGUGAAACCGAAGCGCACCACAUCGUUCUUCAGCCGGCAGCUGUCCCUGGGCCAGGGCAGCUACACCGCGGUGCAGCCCUCCGACAGCCUGGAGCCGAGCUCAGGAUGACCGCGCCUCUGCACCUGGCCCCGCCGUCCUCCCAGCCGCGGGCCGGGCCGCGUUAGGCUUGAAUUAGGCCGUGCGCGUGGUCCGUGAGUACUUGAGAGCGUGGCGAGGGGGGCACGGGCCCCUCUGCAGCCCGCCCUCCCAUCCUUGCUGCCCCCUCCUGGCCAGACGCACGCGCGAGUGCCCAUCUGGGGGUGGCUCUGCUGCCUGUGGGGGGCCGGGUCGGGGCCCGUGCCGUGAGCCCCCGUGUGCCUUUGCUCCUCUGGACUCCACACGUGCAUUCCUUCUGCCAGCAUUCCACCCACCCCGCCAAGACAAGUGGUCCCGGGGUCGCCGUGAGGAGGGCUGGCCCCUGAGCCCUGCGCUGGGCUACGCAGAAAUAACACUGUCCUCCCUGGGUGGCCUGGGAGCCGCACCCAGGUCUCCUGCAGGCUGGAGACACCGGGGAGACAGAAGGUGCCUUUUGUCUGCCCUGUGUUGGGAGGUGGCUGUCUUGGGGACCAGUAGACCCCUCGCUCACACUGGAUAAUGCAGAAAAGCCCCUGUCACUGCCCUCAGCCCAAGAGGCUCCCCUUGGCCUGCGUACCCCCGCACCACCCUUUCCCCAUGUGCUGGGUCUGGUUUUGGCUUGUGCAUCUGCUUCUGCUUGGGGAACUCUGUGACCUCUGGCAACUCGAGGAC